AUCUUGGUUUUACCAAUGUUUGUUGAGUUGACAAAACGUUACGUUCUUCUGAGAUGUAAUGUACAACCAUUAACUUGAACGUACGCAGAUCCGUCCCACAAAAUUAUUCCGGAAGACCGGAAGCGCGCGAAAGGUUUGUUUUGAACAUAGAGCAUUUCACUUGAACGUCAGAGGAGUCUUGCAGAAUGACGAAGAAUCUGGAACAUUUUUACGAGGCUCAAAUCAAAGUACUCCAGGAAGAGAUUGCAGCACUGCAAGGCCAACAGGACAAUAAUGAGCGAGAGAUCACUAUGCACCUUGGAGGAGGACGCAUGCAAGAUGCUCUGUUGGUCAUGACAGACCAUCAGGAGACAGGGAAGAGUCAGAGAGACAUCAAAGCUCACCUGAAGACUGAGAUAAAGGAGAUGGAGGAAGAUCUCAUCAGACAGACCAAGAUGAACGGAAUCGUACUCGCCAACUGCCGUGUGAAGACUAUGGAGAAAAGCAACAAGAAGCUGGUGCAACAACACAGGCUGACGGGCCACUGCUCCUCCAUAGACUUCAUGGUGGAGUUUGAGCUCACUGAUGUUCAGGAGGAUACUACCCUGGUGAGGACGAUCACUGACCUCAACAUCAUCAUGGACAGCACGGAGUUUAAGGACCUCAGUACAUUUGUGUCUGGAGCGGAGGACAAGCGGGACCUGUUGCUGUUCUUCAGGACCGUCAGGAGGUUCUCGGACAGGUGCGAAGACAGACGUAGAACAUUCCAGCACUUCCAGGAGAAGUAUCCAUGUGUGGUCAGUCUACCCGGAGGCUGCAGGGCAGAGGUCAUGCUGAUCCAGUCUCCUAAACUAGCCGGGUGUGCCCUGACUAUCUACUGGAGUAUUGAGGUGACCAGUGAGGGGGUCAUCACGCCCAAGAUAGACCUCGUUACCAAGAUGCCAGAGAAGGUGCUCCAGCUGGACAGGAAGGUGGUCGAGAAUGCCCCUGACUCCUUCCAGAGUCUUCUGAGGAUCCUUGGAGUGGAGGCUUCUAUUGACACUAUAAUACAGGCCGUGUCUGUUUAACACUCCUAUAACGGGGGGGG